GGUGACCCGGGGCCACGCGGGCUUCAGGGGAAACAAUAGCGACUCCUUAGAUCCUGGGCUCCUGCCACCGGCUGCCCAAGCCUUCCCGGACGAGCGGCGGGGCCUCUUUUCUUAUUUGGCUAAUUUAUGGCGAGAGGCUGGGGGGAGGGAUGGCAGAGGAGGGACCGCGUCUGGAGAUGGGGGCGGGGGGCGGCGGUUAAAGGAGUUGCCCGAGGCGGCGGCGCGGGUGAUGUCAGCUCUCGACGAAAAUAGAGAGGGAUCGCCUGCAAAUCCCCAGCUCCGGCGGGGCUAAACCUCGCAAUCCCUCCCCGGCCGGCGCCGAGCCAGGGCGCAGCAGCCUCCACCGCCUCCCCCGGCGCGCACACACACCCGCACACGCGCACGCACGCUCACCGGCCUCUGCCACCACUCUCUGCUCCCGCCACUCGCUGCGCCCGCGAGCCCCGCAGCAAAGCACAGGUGGCAGCGGCUCAGGGGCGCCUCGCCGGUGUGCGCCCUCCUGCAGCCCUGGGCGCUUCGCUCUUUCGGGGAAGCAGCCCUCGGAGCCUCCAGAGCUCCCUGCUAAGCGCCAUUCCCGCGGGCGGAGGGGAGCGCGGGUCGCGCGCCGUGGAGAGCCGGGACGCGGAUUAGCGCCCGCGGGAGCCUCCUGCGCCGGUUGAGGCGCUAAAGGGCUUACCCCGGCGGCGGGUGGAAGGGCGGGCAGAGGCGCCCCUUAAAUACCGUUCCUGGCCGCAAUUUCGCGCUCACCCCGGCGCCGGCUCUCUACAUCUCCUGCAGCUGCCGGAUAGUGCUGAAGAGGAGGGGGCGUUCCCCAGACCAUGGCAUCCACGGAAGGUGCCAACAAUAUGCCCAAGCAGGUGGAAGUGCGAAUGCACGACAGUCACCUUGGCUCAGAGGAACCCAAGCACCGGCACCUGGGCCUACGUCUGUGCAACAAGCUGGGGAAGAAUCUCCUGCUCACCCUGACGGUGUUUGGUGUCAUCCUGGGGGCAGUAUGUGGAGGGCUUCUUCGCUUGGCAUCUCCCAUCCACCCUGAUGUGGUUAUGCUAAUAGCCUUCCCAGGGGAUAUACUCAUGAGGAUGCUAAAAAUGCUCAUUCUCCCUCUAAUUAUCUCCAGCUUAAUCACAGGGUUGUCAGGCCUGGACGCUAAGGCUAGUGGCCGCUUGGGCACAAGAGCCAUGGUGUAUUAUAUGUCCACAACCAUCAUCGCCGCAGUGCUGGGGGUCAUUCUGGUCUUGGCUAUCCAUCCAGGGAAUCCCAAGCUCAAGAAGCAGCUGGGACCUGGGAAGAAGAAUGAUGAAGUGUCCAGCCUGGAUGCCUUCCUGGACCUUAUUCGCAAUCUCUUCCCUGAAAACCUUGUCCAAGCCUGCUUUCAACAGAUCCAAACAGUGACGAAGAAAGUCCUGGUUGCACCACCGCCAGACGAGGAGGCCAAUGCAACCAGCGCUGUUGUCUCUCUGCUGAACGAGACUGUGACGGAGGUGCCGGAGGAGACUAAGAUGGUUAUUAAGAAGGGCCUGGAGUUCAAGGACGGGAUGAAUGUCUUAGGUCUGAUAGGGUUUUUCAUUGCUUUUGGCAUUGCUAUGGGGAAGAUGGGAGAUCAGGCCAAGCUGAUGGUGGAAUUCUUCAACAUUUUGAAUGAGAUUGUAAUGAAGUUAGUGAUCAUGAUCAUGUGGUACUCUCCCCUGGGUAUCGCCUGCCUGAUCUGUGGGAAGAUCAUUGCAAUCAAGGACUUAGAAGUGGUUGCUAGGCAGCUGGGAAUGUACAUGGUAACAGUGAUCAUAGGCCUCAUCAUCCACGGGGGCAUCUUUCUCCCCUUGAUUUACUUUGUAGUGACCAGGAAAAACCCCUUCUCCUUUUUUGCUGGCAUUUUCCAAGCUUGGAUCACUGCUCUGGGCACCGCUUCCAGUGCUGGAACAUUGCCUGUCACCUUCCGUUGCCUGGAAGAAAAUCUGGGGAUUGAUAAGCGUGUGACUAGAUUUGUCCUUCCCGUUGGAGCAACCAUUAACAUGGAUGGUACAGCCCUUUACGAAGCCGUGGCCGCCAUAUUUAUAGCCCAAAUGAAUGGUGUUGUGCUGGAUGGAGGACAGAUUGUGACUGUAAGCCUCACAGCCACCCUGGCAAGCGUCGGCGCGGCCAGUAUCCCCAGUGCCGGGCUGGUCACCAUGCUCCUCAUUCUGACAGCUGUGGGCCUGCCAACAGAGGACAUCAGCCUGCUGGUGGCUGUGGACUGGCUGCUGGACAGGAUGAGAACUUCAGUCAAUGUUGUCGGUGACUCAUUUGGGGCUGGGAUAGUCUAUCACCUCUCCAAGUCUGAGCUGGAUACCAUUGACUCCCAGCAUCGAGUGCAUGAAGAUAUUGAAAUGACCAAGACUCAAUCCAUUUAUGAUGACAUGAAGAACCAUAGGGAAAGCAACUCUAAUCAAUGUGUCUAUGCCGCACACAACUCUGUCAUAGUAGAUGAGUGCAAGGUAACUCUGGCAGCCAAUGGAAAGUCAGCCGACUGCAGUGUUGAGGAAGAACCUUGGAAACGUGAGAAAUAAGGAUAUGAGUCUCAGCAAAUUCUUGAAUAAACUCCCCAGCGUAUCCUAUGGUAAAUGAUGAUAUAAACAAGCUUUCUUUAAAAAGGAAAAAAAUGCAUCUAUUUCUAUGUUUACUUAAUCUGUUAGCCGAGGCUUAGAGGAGCUCUUGUGAGUCAGUGAUGACAGGCACGGUGCUGUGUCUUUGCCAAAUAAUGCUUUAUAACCGUCUAAUUUUCUCACUUGUAUUAUUAUUUGGAUGGAUGCUGCUGGAGGAAUCAGUUUGAAUUGAAGACACGUUCUUGCCAGCUUCCCUGUUCUCCCAAGAUGCAGAAAUAUGGAUGCUCUUUUCCCAGGGGACAUGCGUAAAGCAGUGUGGUACACUCCAGGGACUUGGGAAAAUGAGCAAACACACAGUGUGUUAUUCCUUAAAGUGUUCUCCAUGCCUCACCUUGUUAUGCACAAGAGAUUCUGUUAAAAAGCCUCUAGAAGUAACUCCCCUUAAAAUGUCUGGUAGAGUUUGGACAUAGGUUGAUUAAAAGCAGUCGCCUGUCAUGGGGAAUUUUGACAAUUUAUCUUCCAUAUACUCUUUAAGUAAAAUGUUUCAGAGUAUUUUAGAGGAAGCCAUGCUCGUAAAGGCAGCUGAUUAAAGAACCUACUAUGUCUCUGCCUUACCCUAUGUAAUCUGUGAGAACAAUGAUUUAAAUUUCAAGGUAUGUUUCAUAAUGCUUUCUAAAUUUGAUAAUUGAUUAGGAAGUAUUUUAUAUGUAAUCACUGAACAUAUUGACAAAAUUAAGAGAGCACAGUCAACAUAAAGUUUAGUCAGAGUUAAAUAUUCAAAUUUAUUUAUAUUUGGUUUGCCUUCACCUGGUACAGUAAAAUCAAGUGAGAUUAUUUGGUCUAUGUUUUGCUUUGCUUUGCUUAACCAAAAAGAUUAUUUUUUGAGUUUCUAAUGAAAAAGAUAUUUUUAAUCUGCAAGUGAUUUCAGUCAUCAUCUCCUCAUCCUGGAAAGCCUGAUCAUUUUACUGUCCUCACACAUGGAAGACACUUGUGUUGGCUGUGCCUCUUUUAAUGUCAUCUCUUGAUGAAACAAAAACACGUAUUUAUCUAAUAUGUAGAAAGGUUUUUGUUAUGUUCUAUCAAAGCACAUAAAACCAGGUAUAGGACACAGUUGGAAGCAGAGUCAGUCUUCCUCCUCAAUCUUCUCAGUGGAAAGGAACAAAAAACAAAUAUCUGUGCAAAGCCCUAUAAAAGUGACAUUCCUGUGGCAGAGUCCAGGCAGCCUUGAACCAUGAUGUGGCAACAAAGGAUGGCUCUGUAUCACUUCGCAGAUGGAACCUUGUUUAAGACUGUGAAGUUUUAAAGGAUAAAUAAUGUAAUUGGUGUAACACAGUGCCUUUCAUGCAGUAGACAGCAAACAAAUCCUUAAUAAUUGGUUAUACAAGCUAAAUUUUUAAUGUCUCUACUAUCCUUUUUUAUUGAAUGGCGCACAGUAUCUUCCUAAGGUUGCUGGGUUUGGGAGUAAGCUUAGGACUUAAAUCAUUGAGAAAUAAAGCAUAUUUGACUCUAAGAAGUAUGUAGAACCUUGUUUAUAGGGAGAGAGUAGGGUGUAUUAUAUGAGACCAGCAGAGGGAUGCUGAGAUAUUCAUGGUUUAUAGAACCCAAAUUCUCUGAGAUGAGAGUGUUUAUGGACCUCACAUGCCCUUUCUUAUCUAUUCCUUGUGACUUCUCUCUUCUAAAUCAGAUACCUUUGAAACAUACAAGAGACAUGAGAUUCCAGUUGUUUUUGUCUCCUAAACCCUAGUUAUUUUUGAAUAAGGAUCACUGCUGAACAGUAUUAGGCAACUUUUCAUUUUUGCUUUUUAAAUGACAUUGGUCUUUUUUAUCAGUAGACAGGCAGUUAACAGGAUGGUCAAGGGUUAUGCUCAAGUGUAGUAGCAGAAAACGCAUUCUUUACAGCAAACGCUGUAGACCAAGGGGACAGUUCCUGGGUUUAGCUGUGAAACUGUUUAGGGUUUUCUUUAAGUGGUGCUCCCAAGAAUUUUUUAUGGUAAGUUGGAGGCUCUAGGCAAAGUGUCUAGGAGCUCGUUGUUUGGGCUGUGGAAGGCCAGCUUUGGUAUUUAUACAUGGGCAUGUUUCUCAAAGGAGUGGUCACAGGAUUGUCUUCUCAAAACUCUGCUUGAAAAGCUUUCUGGUGUGUUUUGUCUCCCACUUUUUCCUAGCUAUCCUAUUAGCAUGUAAAUCUAUCAGCACAUGUGUUUAGAGGAAACAAGGUACACAACUUCACAAAGCAAGUUUUUCUGGUUUGAGACUUAGCAUAUGCAGGAAGUCUCAUGAGAAUAUACUUAGAAAAUCACAUUCAUCUGGAAAUUCAAUACGUCAUAUUAAUAAACAGUUUCGUGAACUCAGGACUAGCCUGAAAAUCCAAGAUGUCUGUAGAGUUGGCAUAUGUCUAUGUCCUCUGUUUUUUUUUUUUCUUUUAGACCUCAUUUAUUUCUCCCAUGCCAUGCCCAUUUGGGAUUUUCUUUGCCCAGCAUAUGUGCCAUAAACAGAAUAAAUGGAUCCAGGUUAUACCUCUAAUAACCUUUAUCUAAAUAGAAUACAUUUAACCUGUCAAUUGUGUGUAUAGAUUUUUCCUAAUUGGUUCAACAUAGAUAUGAAUGCUUGUAAUAGUCUGUUACUGUUUAAUAAUGCAUAAAUGUUAUAUUUAUAUACAGUUUUAGCAGGCCAGAAACAUACAUACACUGCAUCCUGUAAGGUCUGUAAAUCAGGGCUUUGGCAAUGCCAUUUUGUUAUAGACUCAUUCACUUUUUUUUAGAAAUCAGGAUCAUUUCAAGAGAAAGUCAACUAAAUAGACUUUAAUCCUUCUCUUUCUCAUACUUGUCCUUUGAGAAACCCAAGUGGAAUCAUCACUUAAUUCUUUACUGAAAUUCAAUGAAUCAAAUCCAAUCAGUGAGAAGAAUAGCUUAUCUUGCAGGGUAAUGCUUUACCUUAGAUCUUUGGGGACAUGCUUUCCAUACAAAGAGCAUCAGAAAAUCAGGGCAACUAUCUAGAUCCCACAGAUCUUCAACAUAGGACUCUACAUGAUGAGAUCUGAAAUACAUAGCUAUCAGAUUCAGUUUUUACUUCCUACUGAGGGUAGACACAAACCUCGCCUGCUGCGAGCAGACGUUACCAUACCCUGUAAAAGACAAAUAGUUCUUUCUCCUCUCAAACCACUGGUCAGCCUGGAUAUUCAUGAAAGCUGAAAGAAGGGGUACCAAAAAAUGCCUAGAUCCUGGAUUUAGGCCCAUGGCAUAUGAGAAAGGCUUAAGGAAAAUUCAGAUCAUGGGGAGAUUCCUGGUAGGUGAUGCCAGGCAUCCAAUGACCUGUUGAUUAGAGAGUCUCUGGUCAUUUCCACUUGUGCAUGGAGAAAUAUGUCCUUUGCAGAUGUAUCUAGUCAAGAAGGUCUUUUGGAGUAAAGUGUUUGGGAAUCUCAUUUACUGGGUCUUCCAAAGGAAACCCAGUUCUGCCAUGUUUUUGCAAAUACUGCACAUCCCUUUGCUCUCAGCAACAAAGGUUAUGUUAUCGUUUUUUACUUUUGUUGGAAUCAAAGCUUCAGCUACCUGUGCAAUAUUCAUGGAAUGCAGCAUUAAAUCCAAGUAGUUAUAACCAUGCUCAGAGAGAAUUCUCCAUAGUUCUAACUCCUGAAAAACAAGUCUCAUCAGCUCUCACCUGGUUUGAUGAUAAAAGUGCACAGCAGUUACACCCCAGUGGAAGUGGUUCUUCUCACUUAGCUUCUCUCUAAUUCUUAGGGUUCCCCAGUUGUCUGAGCUGCUGGUUUGCUUUACUUAUUCUCUAACCAAACUCAUUCCACACCAAGAAAAAGGAGCAAAUAAAAUUUUCAGUUAUUGUCAUACUUGCUCUCCGAAUAAGAAUGCUAGACUCUGGGUGCAUUAGAAGACUAAGUUAAAGCAAACAGCCUGAAAGAAUUCUGGAAUGAGAGUUUUGGAAGUCUAAUUGUCAAAGAAGAUAAAUGGUCUCAGUAUCUGUAGUAAUUUCUGGUUAAGCCUGGAAGGAUCACUGAGUGCCAAUCCAGGCAGGUGGCACUAGAGGCAGACUGUUCUCCAAGCAUAGAGUGAGUUUCCAGCUGCUCAUGAAACAUUUGCUUAUGAUUUUCCCUAAAAAAAAAACCCGAAUUUUCUCCUUCUCCUCCUCAUUUCCUAUCAUUCCACUUAUUGUUGCUGCCUUACUACCAGUCAGCUUAGUAACCAUCACACAAGUUAGUGUGAGGCUUGGUUUUAGAAUAGAUAACAGACUUUUGAUUAAAUUGUAUCCAACUUCAUAGCAUAACACAGCUAAUUCAGGCAGUGACAUAGAGAUAAGAAACAACAUGGUUUGGUAGAGGGAACAUUUGAUUUAGACUCUGCCCAUUUUUAGCUGUAUGACUUACACAAGUCACUUUAUGUCCAAGCCUCAUUUUCUCCCAUAUGAAAAGCGAAGGGAUUUGAUUAAGUGAUUAAAAUCCCCUUCCAGCCCUGUGAGCCCAAUGUUUUAUGAUCUUGGCUUUGUUUCCUUCUUAAGAGGCUUCCCACUCUAAAAUGUGGCCUAUUUACAUUUUAAGUAGAAGAAGCCCACAAUAAUGAAUAAUCAGUUUAGAUUUUUCUCAUCCCCUUUGGGAGAAAUUAAAUUCAAGCCUCUAUCCAUUUGAUGUUUUACAACAAGCUUGGAAGGUAGCCAUGUUCAUUCACAGUUUGACGUUUUGAGACACCAAUAAAUAUUUUUUAAUAAAAGUUCCCUUUACCUAAACUCAUCUUCCUAAUAAAAGCAGUGAUUUGGCUCAGGGAAAAAUGCUUCCAGAGUCACCAUAAGAGGACUGGAUGAACCUAUAGCCUCACUCAAGCUAUUGUAUUAUUCCUGCUGUAGCAACAGAGCCCACUCUUGAAUACCCAAAACACAUUUUUCUCCAACAAUCCUAAUUGCCAAGCCAGUAUGGGGAUUUGAGAGCCUUUGGCAAAUAACCUUGAACACUUACGAAAUUUGGUGCAAGACUUACACAAUCACAACUAUUUGUAAAUAUCUUCCCUUCUCUGCCAGUAUGUAGAUAUGCACAUCCAUUCACAAGUAAGCCCACAGAUUCAUUUUCACAUUUUCUUCUUGGUUUGUCUUUUUCAUGGGCAUCACAUUGCAGGACAAGACACUCUAACUUAGAAGAAUGGAAUUUUCUGACUAUCAUUGCCCUCUUCAAGGUCUGAUGGGUUUUGAUGGUGGGCGGGAUACCAUGCAUGCUCUGCAAGGUGCAUGCCACCAGCCAUGAUCUUUAAACAACUUCUUGCAUUUUCCGGGACUGCUGCAAUGGGCCAUGGCUGGCACCUUUGCUCUUUGUCCAAACUUCUGCUAAGUAGACUAGAGUUGGUAUUUAUUGUGUUGUGAACUCCUUUAUUGCUAGAGAAGACGUUAACUCUUCAGUAUUUGCAGGGGCAAGAUGUAAAGCUAGGACUAAAAGGAUUGAGUUUUGUUUGUUGGCUGUUUUUUUUUCCCCCAUUAGUGCAAAAAACCUGAUGCAAAGACAGCAAGAUGAGCAUAAUUUCUUCACUGACCCAGAUAAGAACCUGCAGAAAGUGAGAGAUACCCCUAAGCCCCCAUUUCAUUUAUCCUAAACCAUAUCAAUUUUCUGUGUCCAGUCCUGCUUCACUUUCCAACCUCCAGGCCAAAUAUUCAUUGCGCUAUUUUACAAAGUCCUUCUGGUUUUUACACAGGGCCCUUUUGUGCUGAGAAUAAAACCUGCUGUUGGAACAGACCUCACUGCUUUGUAGAGUCAGCAUUUGACUUAGAGAAUGGGUAGCAACAGGUCCUCGGUUCCUCUGGAGACACCCCCAAUCCUUAGGUGAGUGUUAGAACCAGACAACUGACUGUUACCUUUGUCAUCAUCUCCUGUGGAGGUGGAGAUGACGCAGUCAGCCUCACUCCUUCUGGGGCAUUAUUUCUUCUCAUGGCAACCAUUUUGCCUGCCUGGAAACAGCCUGUUGCCUUUGGUGGGGGGCAAAUACACACACUAGCCAAGGAAGUUGGUCCAGCACAUCUCUGAGGUUUCUCCCCCAUGGACCCAUGGAGCGAAUUCCCUGAGAUACAUGAUCAGAAAGUUGGCUGUCUGGUGGUUUAAGAGUUCCUUUCCUUAUAGAAACUCAUCCUUUGGCAUCUACAUUUUUCUACAAAUCACCUUAACUCCCUCCCUUCGUCCUUCUCUUGGAAAAACCUCAGCAUUGCAUCUCCAUGUUGCACAACACAGAUCAGAUUAUCUGGUCACUAUAGAGAUUUGUAUAUAAAAAAACUACUUUUUUGAGGAUUUUUGUAUAUUGUUUUUCUAUUUGUUUUCUACAGCUUGAGGAGAGAGCUGGCAAACUGUGAAUCUAACUUGAUCUUGUUGCCAGCAGAUAUAUUUUGGCUUCCUGGUAAGAGUCUGUGUUACCAGGGAUAAUAUAUUGCCCUCUGAUCAGUAUUGCACCCUAAAACCACAAAUUCCUCCAGCCCAGUCUUACAUUUUUUUAAACAAAUCCCCUAGCUUGUUUGCUAUUAUUUAUAAAGAGCAUUAGAAAAUGUAUUUAUAGACCUGGAUAUUAUAUGUUUAAUAUUAAUUUAUCCUUUAAUAAUGUUAUAGGUUUGUAACUAUUCAUCAGAAAUUAUGAAGAACUCAGUGUAGACUGAAUUAAUCUAUUUAGUAUCUGUAAUUUUGCAGACAUAUUUUCUUACGGUAUUUUCUAUAUAACCAGACAUGUAGAAUGAUGACUAAUUAGAGCACAAGAAGUUUCUUCAGCAAUUUAGAGCUAUCCAUUGUUUCCUGACUAUAUAGUCACAUUUGACAAAUUUAAGAACCCAGUCCUUAGUGAUGCAAUAAACAAAAUGAACCACUAAGAACAAGGAAUUGCUUAAAUCCCUUAGCUGGUUAGGAUCUGCAUCUAAACAAUUCAUCUUUUUAACUCAAGGAAUGGUGCUAAUUUUUAAAAUUUUUGACACCAGGCCUUGUUUUUCCAGCUGAGCAUUCUAAUUUUGCUUUUCUCUAAGCCUAUCAAAGACAAGGUGUUAAUAGUAGGACCAUUUCUAGAUCAGAAUGUUUCAUACCUUCCUAAAUGUUUAUGUGAAAACUGGCUUAGGAAAACUUUGAGUAGCAGAGACUAAGGGUGAGUGCUAGAGAUGAAAUCAGGACAGAUUUGUUGCAGUUGAUUCUUGCUAGAAAAUUGGUAGUAAAUGUCACAUUGUUAUGUGAAUUGAGCACAUAUUUUUAAAGAGAGUUUAAAAAUUCUUUAGAACCAGCGAUGAGGCAAUACUGUAUCACUGGGGGCUGGAAAUGGGGGCUUAGAAUCAUACUGAAAUUGUUUAGAAGCAGCCCAGGUAGUUUCUGUUCUCAGGUGAAUAACAGAUGAUGUAACUUCCCCGAAAGUUAAAACAAUAGCCACUGCAAAGACCAGGUGUCUUCCUUCCACCAAAUGUACUUUCUGAGAUGGUGGUAGGGCUAGUAUUUUUAUCAUGGUUUAAACAGUAGUCAGUUACAUAGAAAGUGUAUUGGCAUGUAUCUGAAUCUGCUCUUCAUUAAACAAACAGAUUAGAUGUACCCUCAACUGGCAAUAAUUGUAUCUAUUUUCAAGCACAGCUAGCUGUCAAAGCAUGAAGCUCUUGUGUGUACACACUGACAUUUGGUUCACGCAUGAAGAACAGUGCCUAUGCACUUUGUGUAGCUAUAAUGUAGGGAUCUAGGUGUAAUUUCAGUGAAAUGGUGUAUAGAUGUAUUGUAAUUUAAUGUAUAUGUUAUUUUUUGGCUAUUCAUCUAAAUGCAGUAGACAUGUUGAUCGGUGUUUUGCAAACCCUUCUUUUCCUACUUAGAUAACUAGCCGUGAAGCAUUUCUCCUCCUUCUCAGUGUGGUUUGGGGAUAUAUAUGAGUGAAGAAUUUAUCUAUAAAUCCUUUGUACUGAUGAUUGUUUGAAAGUCUGUGUGUGUCCAGCACCUUUGUAAAUAUACAAUUCAGAGCAGGGAUGGGCUGGGUGUAUGUCCUGGUUCUUAGUGAAAGGUCAUCUCAUGUCUGUAUAAUACAUGGUGAAUGCAACUGUGGAACUUUUGAUUACCUAGGCUUAGGUAGGUUUAGAAUGAGAACAUUCAUCUACAGUCCUCCUUUGUUUGGUGGAUUGGGCUUAGAGAGACAAAAAGUUAGUCUGCCCCCGUUCAUAUUAGCAUCAUGUCUUUAGAGAAAGGUCGGCCUCUCUGGUUGCCAAAUACUCAUCAUGAUGCUCAUGACUGAAAAGUUCUGAAGAGCCUUGUCUCCCUUGGCUUUUUGAGUCAGGAUACAGGAAAAACACUUGCUGACUAACUAACUGCAAAUAGACAUGCAGGCGAAACCCCACAGAAGCACAGUUCUGGCUGUGAACUUCACGGUUGUCUGCAAAAAUGUAGAGCACUAGAAACACAGGAAUAGUCAGUUUAUGGCUUAGGGGGUUGUAGAGGGGUAACCGAUGAAGCACAGGUCCCACAUAUGUGAGAGAGUAUGACCUCCUCUACCUAAUAUGUUCUGUGUGCAUGUUUUGAAUGACUGAAGAUGGGAUUAACUAAUGCAAAUAUACACUUGCCUAUUAAAGCACAUGUUCUCACAUUCUGUGUAAUUAUCACUAAAAACAAUGCAGUGAGAUCUAUAGUUCCUAGAACCCCUUUCUUCUCCCCAAGGAAGAGAAGAAAUAGCCAUGUGCUAUAGGGAACUCUGAGUGCCCUACUCUUUUCACAAGAAGGGUAAAGCCUAUGAUAUCAUCUGGGGGCAUGAAGCACAUUAAUUUGCAGUGGCUUUUUCAUAUGAAGAUAUACGGUGGACAGGCUAAUUUUUCCUUGAAAAUGUGGAUUCUUCAACUCUUUUCAAAUUUAGGAUGGAAUACCCACUGAAAGAAAACUGGGCUUUAUGCAGGAUUCUCUUUGAAAAUUCUUGUAUGUCCAGAACGAAAGAUAAAAAUAAGUGUAUUCCUCACACUCACAAUCCCCAUCGGUCUGAAGUCACGUAGCACAGAGCAUCUAUAGCACAUAGUGUUCAAAGACUAACGAAUGCAAAAAGAUAAAAUCUUCAACUAAUUUUUGAAUUGUUUCUCAUAUAUGGUACUAGAAAAUGCCUUGUUGAUGAAGCACAUUUUGGGUAGUUGAGGUCUUUCGUUUUCGCCUUUAGCUUUUUAAGCUUUCUUACAAUGUGGACUGAUUACUGUAACAUUUCAUGUGUAAAAUAACUGGAUAUUCUUUAUAUACUGGAAAUAACCUGUGAAUCCAAUAUUUCACUAAGUGUUUUAACUUCUGUGUAUAUAUCUCUCAUCAAUAAAUGUGGAUUCCAAUUU